AGCAGGGAGGCAGUGACAGGUUGAGACAGAGAGAGAGAGAGACAGAGACAGACAGAGUGAAACAGAGAGAGCGAUGGAGGACCAAGAGUGGAUGAAUGUGUUUAGAACGAGAGCAGAAGAUCUACAGGAUGAGUGGACGCUCUACAUGGACGACUCCAUCCAGCCAAAAAAUGCAGAACCAGGGUUCUAUGAGUACCUCAGAGGAUCAUUCGCUCACCCCCUCUCACCUACCCUUUCUCACGCAACUGUUCCCUCUCACACACCUUCUCCCUCUCACUUGCCUUCUCAUACACCUCAGCAGCCCUCUCUCACCUUUAAUCUCUCUGUUCUGUAGGUUCCGGUGUUCUAAGUGUGGUCGUUCAUGGCCCUCUAAGCGAGUGAUCGUGGUGUUUCAUUUCUCACUUAAUGCGGCGAGUGGGCGUGGCUCUGUAAAGGUGCGCCGCUUUAAGCAGGAGUGUAAACGCUGCAAUGCUCCCCAGAAGGAGAAGCCCAAAUUUGGCAAAGAAAACAUUGAUGUGAUGGUGGAGAAACUGAUAGAGAAGAUUAAAUUCAGGUGCUACAAGGAGAAUGUGGGAGAAUCAAGCCGACCUUCACACUUUACCGGUAAAGUGAAUGGACCACAUGAAAGUGCACACUGUGAAGCCUGUCAACUGGGGAUCUGCCAACAGGGCACAUGAACCACACAACUGCCCCAGCUGGGUGUCAGUGCUAGCUACUUCUGUACAGGGUAAUGCACUGAAACCUCCAAACACACCCCCACCCUAACACCACCCCAAAAUACCCCCUCCCAAUUGUUUAAUUUCAAGAGUGUGCAAUGUAUGUUUAUUUAAUUAAUUAUGUGCUUAAUAAAUAUUAUUUUAACACAAAUGUACAAAUAUUAUAUUUAAGGGUGUUCAAUUCAUCCAAAUGUAUUGGAAGAAAUAAAGAAAUAAAGAAAUAAAGAAAGUGUGCUUUA